AUGGAAAUGAGAGUUCCUGCUGUCCAAUUGUUUGACAUUUUUAAACUUCCUAAAAACUGCAACUUGGAGAAAAGACUUCAGAUUCAAGAUGCUGCAAUAUUUGCUGAGAGGAUGUAUUCUGGAAUCAGUGUGGAGGAUGAGAUGAAGUUUAGCGAUGGUUUUCUUUCAGUAGUAGACAAUAAUUCCGGUAACUGGAAGUGCAAAGAACUGUCUGAAGAUACGAGGAAAAAGAUUAUUUCUCUACAUAAACAGGGUCACCGCUCUCCAAAGAUUUCCAAACUCCUGAACCUGAGCCGAAGUACUGUGGCCAGGACCAUACGGCGGUUUAAGAUUACUGGUGGUUUUCAGAGCUUGCCUCGCUCUGGUCGACCAAAGAAGUUGACCUCAGAUUUUCAGAGUCUAAUCCACAAGUUUUAUUUGGAUAAUAAAGGUAUCAGUGCUCCGAGCAUUGCUGCAGAGUUAAAAGCAGUGACAGAUAAGUCUGUCAGCCCCCAGACCAUACGGCGUGUCCUGAACCAAGUGGGUCUACAAACGGCCUGUAGACUGCAGAGAAAAUUGCAGAUGGAUCGAGAGAAGACCAUGAAACUAAAAGUACCGGCUGUGUCAUUAUUUGACAUUUUUAGCCAUCCUACAAACUACACUUUGGAACAAAAACUUCAGAUUCAAGAUGCCUCCAUCUUUGCGGAGAGGAGGUUCUCUGGAAUCACUGUUGAGGAUGAGAUGAAGCUCAGCGGUGGUUUUCUUUCAAUAAUAGAUGACUUAGGGGGAACUGGAGCGCAUGAAAGAAACUCACGCAAAGACAGGGAGAACAUGCAAACUCCACACAGCCCAGGAGUUGAACCCAGGCGCAAUAGGUGUUUAGACUUCGUGCCAGACGGGGAUUCUGCUGAGAGUGAUGUUGAGACGGAAGAUGAAGAUGCAGUAUUUGAUCAAGAAACUGAGUCCGAUGAUAAAGAAGAAAACCAAUCCUUGUGCUCCUCCUAUAUCAGGCCUCCACACCUCCUGCUGAGGACUCCAUCAGGCCUCCUGAUCUCCUGCUGA